AUGUCGCUCAAGCCAGAACUCGUCAGAGGUAUCCACGAAUACUGCCUCCCACCGCCCGCCGCCGCCCAGAAGGAGGCGAUGCAGUACAUCCUGGCAAGGCGGGACUGUGUCAUUCAGGUCAAGUCGCAUGUCAACGAGAGCUGCGUCUACCUGAUCCCGAUGCUGCAGGCCAUCGACACGUCAGCCAGGCAAACCCAAGCUAUAGUCAUCGCCUCCACUCGAGAGAUAGCGCAGGCUAUCUGGACGACCGUCCGCGCCCUCAGCAAGCAUCUCGGCGUCUACUGCUACUCCUUCGUCGGAGGCGGCACCUUUCCAGAGGACUGCCAUCGAGCGAGACACAGGCCACAGGUCGUCGUGGGUACCGUCGGGCGGAUCUGCGGUCUCGUCAAACGAAAUGCGCUCGAGCUCGACCACGUCCGGUCAAUAUGCCUCAGCGAGGCUGAUAUGAGCAUGCUGCCGUGGUCAGGGAAUUCCCCUAACCCGAUGGACUAUCCGGAAUCACCGGACGCCAUCAAAGAUCUCCUUCGUCGUCUACCGGUCAAUAAACAGUUCGUCAUGCUGUCAGCCAACCUUCCGGCAGUGGUUCUCGAGGCGGCAGAUGAGUAUAUGCGCAAUCACGUCAGAGUUCCACUGGAGGGGAAAGGGCACGAUCUGGACGGGGUCAAGCAGUAUUAUAUCUCUGCAGAUUAUGAGCGGGAGUUUUGUAAGCUCGAGAUAGUACACCGUCUCCAUCAGAUCGGCAUGCUCAAUCGCGCGGUCAUCUUCUGCUCGAAGAAGGAGAGGGUUGACUGGCUUACGGAGAAGCUGCGAGAGCGAAGAAUUCCCACGAUGAGCGUGCAUUCUGGCGUCGACUACGAGGAGCGGAAGAGAAGAAUCAGGAAGUUCUCCCUCGGUUCGGUCGGUAUUUUGAUCACCACCGAUCUUCUCGCUCGAUCUCUCGAUGGACUCCGGGUUCCCGUGAUCAUCAAUCACGACAUGCCAUGGAGCAAAGCAGAUUACAUUCUCCGGGUGGACGAUGGUGGGCGGUGUGGAGGAAAGCGGACUGCGAUCACGCUCUUACGCCCGAGGGAUCUCGAGCUUCUUCAAGAGAUUGAGCAGUUCUGCGAUAUCGAGAUCGAAGAAAUGAUCGUGAGAUUGGAUUAG